AUGCAGCCAUUUUUUGCGCAAUUUAGUAUGUUCCGACAAUUUAUCUCUGAAGAUCCUAAUUUAUUCAACACUAGCUCUAGCGAUUUUUUCCAAUCAUUCGAUAGCGAUAUAUCAAUUUAAUUUGCCAAUUAAUCGCCGCCAAUUAUUCAUAUAGAAAACUCAGGAAUUUAAAUGAUAUCCAUCAUUAGAAAUGAAGGAAGGAGCGGACAAAAAAAGUAGAUCCAAGAAAUGUACACAAGAUUAAGAAAGAAUGAAAUAUAAAACAAUGAAUUGAAUAAAAAUGAACCUCAUAUCAAAAUAACUGUUUCAAAAAACCAAAAUCUAUAAAACUCGACUUCCUCAAUUGAACACUAUAUUAAUUAAUUUGGUAUGAUAGGUUCAAUAAAAAAUGCAGAUUCAGAAGAUGUUAUUAUUGGUAGACAAGAGAAGCUAGAAAACUAUUAAGGUUAAUUAAUAUUUCCAAAUGAUAUAAUUUUAAGAGAAACUGAGAGAUUGAUAUCUAGAAUUCAUUGCAAAAUAAUCUUUAGAAACUUUUUUAGAAAAGAAAAUUAAAUAUUGCCAUUGUAUUAACAAACCAUAAGUUAAUUAAAAUUACAUUAUAAUAUCAAAUAAAGAAUUUCAUAAUUUUUAGAGGAGCCUAAAGAUUGUUAUAUCUAAGAUAUUGGCAGCGUUUUUGGAACGCACAUCAAAAUUGAUAGAAACUAUGUGAAAUUGAAAAAAUAUCAAUAAUAUAGCAUUGGGAGUGAAACUACAAUUCAGAUUCUUGAAAUUCAUAAUUUAGGAUCAGAAUUAAAACAAAGGGAUAUAGAAUUUGAUAAAUUGAUAUAAAAGUUAAGAAAUAUCAAAUACAAAUGCUCACUGUAGGGAUUGGAUCUCAAGCUGUAUGAAAGAUCAUUGCAGGUUGAUUAAAGUUUUGAUUAAAUCCUAACAAAUCUAAGAUGUUAUAAUAUUCCAUUUAUAAUGAUGAAAUUUGGAGGAUCUGGAGUUACAGACAUUAACUAAAAUCUCUUUUUCGCUAAAGACCCUAAUACUAUUUUUUCAAUAGGAAGAGGAAAUGAUAAUAAUAUAAGAAUCAACUCAAAUACAAUAUCGAGGAAACAAACAAGAUUUAGAUUUAAUCGAAAAGAAAAUAAUUGGGAGAUUGCAGACGGAAGUUAAGAUAAGGAUUCAGCAAAUGGAACAUGGAUGUAACUAUAAUCAAUUUAAGAAAGAGAGUAAAAACUUGGAUCAUAAGCCUAUCCUUUGAAAAAUCUGUCAGAAAUAAAAAUAAGUGAUUACACUUUGAAAGUCGAACUCUUCAAGGGAAACGAGAAAGAAAAAGCUAGAUGUUAAGUCAUGAAAUCUUUGUUGUGA